AUGAAACAAUAUUUAUCUUCUGAUGAAAGUAAAUAUCUACCGAAAAUGUAUCAAGAGGUUAUAAACAGUUUUGAUUUCAAUCAUUUAUCAUCAGCAUUACCAGAAGAUUGGUUUAAUCUCUUAAAGAUUGCUGAAAGUCUAUUACCUAUUGUAAAAUCAUCAUCUGAUGGAUCAAUGGAUCCUCUUGAUUAUUCUAUACAUUCAAGUCAGCAUAAUCCUAUAGAAAUCAAUAUGCAAUUAUUAUCUUCUAAUAAUCAACCAGUAAAUACAUCAAUGAUUUCGACAGAAUCAUUAUUAUCUCCAAAUGUUCAAACUAUUAACUGCUCUUCGUUUCGUCCUUUCUCUUCUUCUUCUAAAUUAUCCAAUUUAAAUAUAAAUUAUAGAAAAUCAUUUACUCCAAUGACAUAUAAAUCAAUGGAGCCAAUGAAUUCAUUACCAUUAUCAUCGAUUGUACAAACAAAAUCCUUUUCUAAUAUUCAAAAUUUAGACAAAUCCUAUGGAUUUAUGGAAUCAAUCUCUAAUUCAUAUGAAGACACCAUUAAAACCAGUAAUGAAAGUUUAGCUGCAGUUAACUGUAACGUAAACUUUUCCAGUAAAAAUAUUCACGUUCAAAAUGACGAGAUAAACGAUUAUGACAGCAGUCAAAUGGCCAAAGGAUAUUUAAGUUCACAGUUUCAUUUAACAACGGAAUACAUGGAGCAUGAUCAUAUUGUUAAUGAACUAAAUCAACGCUUAAGAGUAUCUGUAAAUACAACAACAAGUCAUGCCAACCGUACGUCAACUGGAUUCGAUCCUACGUUUUCAAAAGUUCCUAAAAUUGACGAGGCUCAGUCUUUAAUGAUAGCCGCUUGGUAUUCAGCUCUUAUGAAUUCUACUAAAAAUACUAACCAACUAGUUAAUGACAGUGUAUCUUUAAAUGUACAUAAACCAAUAUGUGAUGAAUCUGUAGGUAUGGAGCAGCCCGUCACAUUUUCUUUCCCUUUCUCAAAUCCAAAACUCUUCAAUACUAGCUCACAUGUUCUCAAUACCUCCGAUGAAAUUAUUCCCUCUCGUUUAAAACAAAAGGAGAAACUUAGUAAUUACCCAAGUAUGAUAGAUUCAUUACAAUUGCAUAAUCAGGAGGUGGAAUUAGAAUCAUCGAAACAAGUGAAUCCAUCUCGUCAGUUAAAAUUGAAUUCAGAUUUGAAUAAAUUUACUAUCUCCUCUCUAUUGAAUACAGAACAACGUCAAAUAACAACUCCAGUAUCAAAAGCAGAACAGAAGAGUGAUAAUUCCUGUCCUAAUAUACUUAGUAACUUAGAAAUGCCUUCAUGUGAUAGCUCGACUGAUUCAUCAUCGCAGCUUGGCAAUCAGCAAAAAUAUGAUAAAUUUAAAUCUAUUCCCGAGUGUAUCUCAUGCAUUCUUUGUAUGAUUCAUGACAUGAAUGUAGGAAAUUCCUCUAGCAAUACAAAUCAUAAUAAGUCGUGCAGAUUAAAUGUUGACAUUCCAAGUAACAUAUAUGCAAAAGAAGCUGAUUCAUACAAAAGAAAACAUACAGCGUUCACCUGCCCUAAAAAUUUGCCAAGUUCAUUUUAUAAUUCUGUAGAAAUUCAAUCCAAAAUUAAUACAUCUAACCAGUUUAACAAUGUUAAUUGUACUUCACAAAAUCAAAUACCAUUCAUACAUUUACUGGAUUCAAAUAAUCAACCCAUUCACGAAGUACAAACCUAUAUGAAAUGUUAUUAUGAUGAAUUGUUACGAAAUCAUUUCGAACAUAUUCAGAAAGAAAAUCAAUCCAGUGAAAAAGUGACAUCAUCAUAUUGUUGUAUACCAAUAAAUAAAGAAAACACUAUCUGUUUAAAUGGUAGUGAAGAUAUCUAG